AUGCGAGUCGAUGUGCAUUUACCCGACGGUCAGGUUUUCAUCCUCGACGUGGACCCAUCGGGACAUGUGAGUCAGAUUGAUGAGCAACUGGAGGCUCGCCUGGGUCAGUUACCGAUUGGAACUCGGUACUAUCACAAACAUCAUCAACUGAACAACUCCAAACGUUUGACCGAUUGCCACAUUGAAGAUGGUGCUGUGAUUUACAUGUCCUGUCCCCUAAUACGUGGAUGUCCGUAUUUCAGCUAUGACGAGAUUUGCAACCAUAAGUGA